UAUGUCCCAAUAAGUGUGGUACGAUGCAUCAGCAGGUAUUGAGCUGUGACUCGUGUGAGCUGGUGGUUUAUCCGUGUCAAACUAAACACCCAUUCGAACCCUGCAAAGAUGUGUCUGUCAUAGCAGUCGAAGGAGAGCAGGCGGUUCUCGAUUGCUACCUGCCCUGGCACAGUCUGGCAAUAGGGAUUAAGGACUAUGAGUUCGCGAAGGCUCCUAAUCUGUUCUCUAGCAACGAUAUGGAUUUCCGCACGCUUGCUGUCUCUAAGCUGCCUCAGCUGGUUCUCAAUCAGAUUUCUCUGGCUGAUCAGCGAGCGUAUCGCUGUGCGCUCGUCUCUGUGAGCGGAGUCGUCCUCACCACCAUCUACUUCCGGCUCAUAGUCACCCCCUCUCCUCCCACCAGCCCAAAGGCACAGAGUAAUCAGACAGUCUCCCCCCCUCCCCCCCCUCAAAACGCUUCUCUCUCUUCCCCGUCCCCCGUCGCGCUCAACCUGAGAAAAGCCAAGAACUUCGUGAUCGGGGCCACAACUCUGUCACUGCUGAGCUGCGUGGUGACACUGACCUGCUUCAUAGUGUGUCUGAACAAACAGAGGGAUGUCUGGAGAGAGGAGAGGGAGGAGAAUAUGAAAGACAUGAUGGAACAGGUGGAGUAG